CAAAACUCCCAUCUCUAAUGAGCAUUUAGUGUCUUCAAAAAAAGUUUUAUUUUUCGGAAAAAAUCGCAUUGAAAUGUUUGAAAAGAAGAGCGACAAGGUCAAGCAAGCUGAGCACAAGACGCGGGAUGAUGGCGUCGAGCUAGAGAGCCAGUUUAUCAUGCGCGUGCCGAAGGAACUGGCGGACACGGUCCAUGAAGCAAUAAAUGCUGGCACCAUAAAGGAGCGGCUGACCAUCCAACUGGAUCAGGAUCUGAGGUACGGUGAAGUGCGAAUAGAUGAUCAGAUGCUGUACACGAAACUCGUGGAUUUGCCCACCGUCGUCGAGAGCUACAAGACCAUUGACAACAAGAGCUUCUACAAGUCGGCAGAUAUCUGCCAGAUACUCAUUUGCAAGGAGGAGCGGGAGGACGAGACGGAGAAGGAGUCGCCUAACAAGAACAAAAAGAAGGACCCCAACAAGGUGGACAAAAAAUACCUAUUUCCGCACGGCAUCACACCGCCCUGCAAGAAUGUGCGGAAACGACGAUUCCGCAAAACUCUAAAGAAAAAGAAUGUCGAAGCUCCCGAGAUCGAGAAGGAAGUGAAGCACCUGCUGCGCAUUGACAACGAGGCUGUCAGAGUGGACUAUGAAAUCAUAAACGAAGAGGACAAGCCGAUGGAUGAACUGGAGCAAUCGGACAUCAAGCCCUACAACGAUGCAGAUGACGAUCUGCAGGACGAAAGCACCAUGCAUGCUAGCGAAAAGGCGAUCAUGGAAAUGAGCUCCCAGCGGCACCUCCAUGUGGAGUCCGAUGAUGACGAAGCCAGCAACUUUCCCUCACACCGAGCGCCGAACAUGGGAGUCGCUGUCCACGACAUCUUCGGCGAGGAAGUGUCCAGCACGGAUGACGAGGAUGAGCCCGAUCGGGGCAAUAACACCAUGCAGCGGCGGGUGAUGGAGGAAUCCUCACGCCUCUCGGCUGAUGAUUCACGGAUGUCGGACUUCUUUGGCGCUAGUGGCAGUAAUACCGGAGCGGGCGGCGUGAAAAUGGAGCAGAACGUGUUCAGCAAGUCUAUGUUUGGGCAUGAAGCCAGCAGUCCUAAGCUCAGCGCCGCCGGGUCGAGCUCCAACCUUGCUGCUCCCAGUGGCUUCUACGACAGCCAAAUGCUAACCAAGCGCGAAGAGUUCGAGAACAUGGAGUUCAUAGACGAACCGCAGCCGCAGUACACGCAGCAACAGGUCCAGCAGAAGAUCAAUCAACUGACGCGCCAGAUUCGUGAACUGAAAGCGCAGCAGGUGCAAAAGUCAACGGAAAUCGCUUCCAUUCAGAAUGCUACCCUUAAACAACGAAUGCAGGAAACGCUUGAUAAUCUCUACACACAGGUUAUUGAAAGGGAACUGGAGCUGAAGGACUUCGAGAAUAUGCUGGAGUCGUAAGAUAUACUUAUAAUACAAAGGGACUAGCAUAAGUUAUAUUAGAACUAUGUACAUACUUAUUCGGAUGUUACUUCAAACUAUUUACGAUUUCAAAGCCGCUUUCUGUUGUUAAAGUCCAAGUGAACGUAAACCUUAGCCAAGAAAUGUUGCUCCGUCAUUGGUCAACUCAUUAUUUGUGUAAAAUUAAAGUGUUUGCCCAGUAUUGAUAAGAAUGAAA